UGCCCCAUCCCAUGUGCCCAUCCGACUCUGCUUCCAAAAGGAAUUCUUUGACCCAAAGCCUCCAUCACUGUUCUCGUACACUGCUGUCACAAUGCCUCUCGUUGUUCCCGGUAUCAAUAAUUCCUUGUCUGGCGAAAAGACCGAAGAAUGGACGAACAAACUAGUGGGCAAGACGCUGUCCGAAGACUCUAGCACGGAGACUACAUUCUGCAAACGCGACCUCCCGCAGCCGACUCGCGUGGUCCAACCGGGGAUGAUGGUGACCAAAGAUUUCGUCCCCGAUCGGAUGAAUGUAUACUUGAAGGAUGAUGGGACAGUCUCGCAUGUCAACCACGGAUGAGGGGCAACGUCAUCCGCAUUCCUGUGAAGAUAAGAAGAGGGGUAUUUCUGAGCGGGGCUCACCAGCGAUAACACCCGCCUUGUGUAUCGGUAUCAACCCCCGAGAGAUGUGACAAUAUCAUUUCUAAAGGCUUAU